AUGGACGAAAAUACUUGCCCUCACAUAUGUCCGAUAACGAAGGCGACUACAAAAGAACAGAAGUUUCAGGCCGCUGGUAGCGCUCGUACUGCAUCGAAUCCCUUUGCUUCGCCUUAUACUCCUGGCCUAGUUCAACCACCAGAGAAAAAACACAUCCCUUCUGAUGCACCGCCUCAGUAUCUGCCUCAAGUUACAGAUACUACUAGUGGAGAUAUGCUCGGCAUGUCACCGGUCGGGCCCUGGGCUGCUGGUCAUAUAGACUGGACUCCACAAGCAGGCAUGACUGGCGUUAGACCGGUUGUUGAUAAGUACUCUAUCACACGCUAUUCAACGGGAGAGUGGAGAAAAAAUAACCAAUUUACAUUAACACCUACUGCAACUAACAAAGCUAAAGCUCUUGAUAUAUCUAUACAGAACUUUAAGAAAAAUGCCUUCAAGACAGAAGAUGAAAAACAAGCUUUCGCCCACCAAAAGUUACAGGAACGAACUAAAGAUCUUGCUCAUUGGAAGAAGAAGGCAGAAAAGACUAUCAAAGCUAUGGCUGAUGAAAUUAAUACUUUAGAUGAAGACAGAUCAAAGUUGAAAGGUGCAUGUAGAAUUUUGAUGUUACCUGAGGCAAUAUCGAGGGAAUGCUUGGAACUUCGAACACAUCGUUAUGAACCUGAUAUGGUAAGAGAUGACGCUGAGCAAGAAUUGAUAAAAGAGGUAGCAAUAGUAGGAGAAAUCAGGAAUUUAUUUCAAGUGACUCUUGCGAAAGUAGAACGACAAAUGGAACAGAACAAAUCAGCUAAGUCUAGUCUUGAAUACGACUGGUGUGACAAGAUGGUAACUUUAAAUGUUGAUACUCAAAACGUAGCAAUGGGAAGUGAUGCAAGUCUGAUAAUGUUCCAUCCGGGUGUUGCUCGAUGGCCGGAAAAUGCAACCUCUUUGGAAUAUUGGAAACACUAUUGUAAUGAAAGCAUUCAGAACUGCGAGGAAGUUAGACAAAAAUCGGUUGAGUUACGAGGUCUUCUGAGGUCAGUUAUACAAGAUGGCUCUCAGGAUAUGAAACUCCAGGCAGAUAGAACUAAUGCUGCACUAGCUGAAAAGGUUGAAGCGACGGAACAGAUGUGCGCAAAGCUAGAGGAGACUCUGAAAGAUAACUUGCAGACUAUCGUUAACAUUGAGAAUUUGAUAGACAAUUUGAAGGAUGCCUUGAGGCAAAUAGAUGCGAGAAACAAGUUAGUAAUGACAAGACUAUUUAACCGUAACUACAAUCGGCCGAGUGUGGAGAAUUGUCGCGAUGAAGCACAGUACGCCCUGAUGGAUGAAUCUAAGUAUAUUAAGGAAACGGCUGUAGCUCUAAAUGAUAAACUAAGAGAUGCGGAAAUUGUGAGAAUGGAGUUAAUGAAGUACAGAGGCGAGUUGGAGAAAGAUAUUGCUUGUAAGCGGAAAAGUCUCAAUCUUGACGAGGAUAGACUCGCCAGAGUACGAGCUCACAUGCCGACGCCUGAAGAGUUUGCAAAUGCUUAA